AUGGGCUCAGAUCCUCAGUUCACAAAAUAUCCCAACCUUGUACUCGCCCAACACAUUUUUUCCCUCGCAAACACUCCAGAGACUGCACAAGCAACCUCAUUAAGCUACCUCCAGAAUGCAAUCAAAGACAACAAGAUGGCGCCACUAUAUCGGCACUUAGCCCAUCCUGCAGAAGGCGUGCUGAACACAAUUGGCGAAAGUACAGCGCAGACGACCGCACCACCUCCCCGACUUGCCAGCCGAAGAGGUUCGCUCGUGUCGAGCAAUUUAUUACCACCUAGAAAAGCUGUACCAUCCGGCAUCCUCCCCUGGGACGAGUCUCUUUACGAAGAGCUGAAAGCUGAUAACGAGAAAGAGCUGGAGGGUUUCCAGAAAGAGGAAGAGGAAGCUGAAGAGAAGGCUGGAGAAACAGAAGUACAAGCGGCCCGGAGCAAGCGUGCCGAGUUCUGGGCUCGAGUGGGCGACAAGGACAAAGCUAUAGAGGCACUUGAGAAAGUCUUCGACAAGACGGGUCCUCUGGGGACCAAAAUCGACAUCGUGCUGGCAAUCAUCCGAAUCGGACUCUUCUUCAACGACAAAGCUUUUGUCAAAAAGCAGGUUGACCGCGCAAAUAUACUCGUUGAGAGUGGUGGUGACUGGGAUCGAAGGAAUCGAUUAAAGGCAUACAAGGGCCUCCAUCUUCUCACCGUUCGUUCCUACAACCUCGCCGCGCCUCUCCUGCUCGACAGUCUGUCCACCUUUACCAGCUACGAGCUUUGCAGUUACUCGUCGCUCAUCGUAUACGCCGUUCUCGCAGGUUCGCUAUCACUGAAACGGGUUGACUUCAAAGCCAAGGUUGUUGAUGCGCCAGAGAUCAAAGCCAUCCUGGGCAACAAUGAAGAGAAGGCUUCUGGGCAGGACGAAGAAAUGAAAGACGUGUCUGCAUCGACGGCAGAGCGUGCAGCUGGUCUGGUCAAUGUGGCUUCCCUUGGUUCCGGUUCAGCAUUCGAGUCGCAAACCGAGGCGCCUGUGGAUGUUUCGUCGCUGGGCAAGCUGGUGAACAGCUUGUACGGCGGCCAUUACCAAAAGUUCUUCUUUGCUCUGGCUGCGGUGGAGGAGAGCUUCUUGACACAGGACCGCUACCUGUACGAGCAUCGUGCGUGGUUUGUCCGCGAAAUGCGCCUCCGAGGUUAUCAGCAACUUCUACAGUCAUAUCGAGUGGUGGGUCUGUCGACCAUGGCACAAGCCUUCGGGGUCAGUGUGGAUUUCCUGGAUAAAGAUCUCGCCAGAUUUAUCGCUGCUGGACGCCUUAGUUGCACAAUCGACCGAGUGCAAGGGACUAUUGAGACAACCCGGCCAGAUGACAAGAACAAGCAAUAUGCAGAUGUUGUGAAACAAGGUGACGCCCUGAUCACCAAGCUACAAAAGUACGGGCAGGCUGUAAGACUACGUGGAAGUGAGAGAGCUUAG